AUGACUCUUUCUGCGGGCCGCUGGAUUUUUCUGCUCUCCCUGGCAGUUGUGAUGAUCUUCUCGACGUCAGGAGGUAAAACUGAACGCUUGAUCAAAUCCUGCUUUUAAAGAUGUGUGAGGGGACAGCAGCUUUUCUAGAAACAAAAUAAUAAUGCUUGUAAUAAAUAAUGAGCCUAGCAAAAUUUUGAGGGAUACUUUAUCCAAGUUUGCAAAUAUUUAUUUAAGUUAUAUCUUCUCGGUGAUGUCUUGCUGAAAAGUGAUUGUUUCUUCUCCUUGUAUUAGGGUCAGCAGCCGCCUCUAUUGAUCUGGUAGCUGAGACCUGCUGCUACAACACCUCCGCCAUAAAGAUCCCAAAAAUCAAAGCGUGCUACGAACAGGUGCCACGAAGGGACUGCAACCGUCAUGCCUACCUGUAAGUAUAGCAUGCCUAAAAUCAGGUUAUCAGCUGGUGAGGUUAUCCUAAAGAUUUGAGCUCCACUUGGUCGUAUUUGGUGUCAGGAGAUAAAAAUGUCUGAUUGUUUUGUUUCCGUUUUCAGGGUUGUAAGCAAAAGAGGGAAAACAUGGUGCAUCAGCGACAACGCUCCGUGGCUUGUGAACCUGAUAGAGAAGGUGAGCUAUGAAACAACACGUUUAUUAUAUUGUGAUUCAUUUUUUUUAGCAUGGAGAAUUUAGCAUGACAGCUGACUUCUAAACCCAACCUGUGAAAUAAGAUGUCUCAGGGAUUAAACACAUCAAAUUACAGUUUAAAGUGGUGAAAUAAUAACCAGUAUACUCCUUACUUUUGUAUUUUAUCUGCAGUUAUUUAUAGGCUCAUUUGUUUCCUACAAGAGUAAAUAAACAUAAGAGCCACAUACAGACAGUAUAAAAGCAGGUGCACCGGUGUGGUAGACAUUUACAGUUGUCUUAUAAAUAUGGCGUCUCAUUUUGAUUUCAGGGAGUUCUGGGGUUUAACUUGCAUAGUAGUACAUCUACCAUCCAACACUUUUAUGUAGUUUAAUUAAACAAAGGUAAAAGGACUUACCCACACUGAAUCAUGUGUGGAGCUGUCAGAAAGUUGCCCUCUGGCGACAUCUAGUGGUUAGUUUGAGUCAUAGAAGAAACCUGAAAUGAACAAAUCACAGAGUCAAUUGACGUCUAACUGCACUUCUCUGUCUUCUCUCUGCAGGGAAAAGUGAACUGCACUCAAGUUUAGUCCAACAAUCCCGGAAGUUUGAUGUGCCACGACCUGAAACAUCCCUGUGAAACUGCUACCUGAAGCAUAUUCUGAUAUUUACUAUUUAUUCCUUUUACACAAAUAUCUAUUUAAAAAUAAAGUUAUUUUUGUAUUGAAUUUAUUUAUAACCUUAAUCUGGAUUUUAAGAUGUUAUUUUGUUAAGAACCAAAAAUAAAUCAUGUCUGCAUGAUGGCUGAGACUUGUUCCUUUUCAUGUGUCCUGUCUGGUUUUAAAAAAGAUUUCUGUGACUGACUCAUGCUGUAACCAGACUGAGUAGUUUUAAAAAUCAGGGGCAAAUGAUAAAAAAAUAACCUCAAGCACUUUGAUUCAUUAAACUAAAGAAAGAAGGAAUAAUGGAUUCAAAAAGGUUUUAGUCUAAAGUCACCAUUUACAGACCCAAAUAAAGAAAAAGUUUCACUUAAAGCUGUUAAACGCAACCCCAACAGUUGAUUUCAUCACAACUGUCACCUCUGAUAGGACAAGAAACCAAUCACAACAACUCAGUGGCCAAUCAGAUCUCAGGGGUGGCCACAGCACACCUUGCUGCAGCUUUUUAAAGUCCAGCGGUGUAGAAGACAGAGCUCAUCUCUUCUCUGACUUCAUUACAAAUUUGUGCCUCCAAAAAGAAGCGCUGUUUUAACCUCUGAGUGCAAAUAAUUUCAAGUGUUGCAGCCACCACAUGAUGCAUUCAAUGACCAUGGAAAAUGCACGUUACCCCUGGCAGUGUUUGGUGCUUUGAUUUAAGUAACAACCUCAGUCAUAUUAUAACAGAGCAACAUUUUACAGCUGAUUUACAUAAUGUAAGGUGUUUAAUGUUUAAGAUGAAACAAUUAUUUUCUAUUAACUAAAAAUUAUAAAAGUGAAAAAGCCACUUUAAGAAAACUCACGGCUAAGCAGAGGGUCACUGAGAUGUUGAAUUAUGAAACACAAUCAGCAUGUUUUGGUUUCAAACAUUUCUGUCUUCAAAUAGGAUGUUGGCAUAAUUUAAAGUAUCAAAGUGUUUUUAAUUUUCCACAAAGUUACCCUCUGGUAUAAGAACAACAAACCUGAUCUUCAAACUCCACUUUCUUCUUUGUGGUGUGUGUCUUUCUAGGAACCAUACUCCCACAGUUCCUCUUUUGGUGUGAAGCUGCAGUUUAUAAGAUGCCACCUACCUGGUUCACUUUCUCUCGAACAGUCAGAGACAGGGACGCCACUUUCAACUGAGGUCCAGAGUCAGGUUUGCUGCUGUCCAGCAUUCGAGGAUGAGGAUGCCACUUUCUGCAGGACACUGGAUCUGUCUGCUUACUCUGGCUGCAGUGACAAUCUCUGCUGGACUAAGAGGUAAACAGAUAAAUAAACAGAUUUUAAUAGACUAUUGUUGCUGCUAGUUCAAUCAAAAUAAUGUCUCUGCAAGACUCUAGGUAGUUCAGUCUGUUUUUGCUCCUUUUUUAUGACGUUAACUACUCAGCUUUAAAAGAAUUUUUACCCAAAAAGUGACAAAUAUACACAUAAUGGUGAAGGAUAACUACUCUGGUGUUUGUACAUAUGAGCUACGAGAAAAAAUGAAAAUAACAGAAACAAAAUAACACUGUAGGACUCUUCUUUACGACCUGGAUGUAAACAAGCACAAAUAACAGAUGGUUUUCUCAUUGAACUUGUAUACUAACACUCAGCAAGAGCAAUGCAUGACCAGCACAGACAUGUGGACGUCAACCGGCAAAGACAACCAAAAGCUGGUGGUGCUACCUGCAGUCUUAGUAAUCUUGUGUUGAGCUGUGUUGCAUAAAUUGUAUUAAUUUUUGGCUGUUUACCAAUCUUUCUAACCUUGAGCCUUUCAUUAUAACCAUAUUGUUAUGGUUAUGAAUAGAAGGUCACAAUGAGAGGAAAAGGAAAAGGGAGUAUAGUCCCUGUAAAGAGAGAUGGCAAGGCGGUUCAAAAAGCAGAACUGUGGAAAAACACUGACGGAGAGGUUGAGACAAUAACUACAAAGUUCCUGGUUCUACUUUAGACCAGACUGGGACUUUAAUUCAGUCACUUUAACCUUUUUUUUUUUUUUGCAAGUCAUCUCACUUUUUUCCUGUAAUUAUCCAAAACAGGAUGAAUCUCCUUCUGAAAAAUGAUUUCAAAGUUAGACUCUGUUCUUAUUUGUUGAGAUAUCAUUCAAAGAAAUGAACAAAGGAAGUGUGUGAGAUUUGGGGAGCGUACAAACUGCUCCGUUUUGUUUUGAUGAGGACAGUCGCAUGAAAUACAGUCGUAUGUUGGUUAUUCAGCAGCAGAUAUUGGAAGGUCCAACUUGAAUCAGAACAUCAGAAACUCCACCCUGAUUCUUCAAACUUGGUAACAUCACCAAAAUUAACUCUGUGUCUGGAAAAAGUCAAUCAUGUUUCCAUCUCUUUUAGUCCUCCAGCAUGAACGUAAAAAUCUUAAUGCUCAACAAUAAUGCCUCUCUCUUCAUGCAUGUGUUUGUUUGUUGCAGUGCGUACCUUUGUAGGUGAACCCUGCUGUUAUGAGGCUGGCCCUUGGAUAGGUGAAGCAAUCAUGAAGUGCAUCAAACAGACACCCACAAAACAGUGCAAAUCCAAGAACUACGCGUAAGUACAGCAUGAUUUAACCAAGCGUACUCAGUCUAAAAUGUCAUUUGAUCAGCUAAAGCAAACAAAAACACACAUGUAUCAACAAGAGUUCAGUAUGUUACUUAUAACCUGUCUAAGAAUUUUGAGGAGAAAACUGCUCACUAGAGACAAGAAACAGCCUGAUGAGGAUAAGGAAAUUAAAUUGUCUGGUUAUUUUUUUUACUUUCUUCUUGCUCCCAGGGUCAAAGUUAAGAAUGGAAAAUGGUACUGCAUCUCAUCGGACUCAAAGUGGAUGAAACGUCAGGUGACAUCGGUAGGAAUCAAUCUUUCAUUCUUCAUCCUCGAUUCGAAAAUAUUUAAAAUGCUGUAAACUGUGAAUAAAAUCAUUAUUUUAUGGAUUAUGAACCAUUUUAUCUUUUUAUUCAAUAGUAAAAAGGGGAAAGACAACAUUUAACACAAUUAAAAACAGCUGGGACAGGGGCAUUUUAACCACUGUGCUGUAUUUUAACAACACUCUAUUAACAUCUGAGAACCCAGGAGCCCAGUUUCUAAAGUUCUGAGAGGGAACUGUUGUCUCAUUCCUGUCUGAUACGUGUUUUUAGCUUCUCGACAGUUCAGUUGAGCAGUUUCCACUUCAGUUUAUCAGCAGGACUCUUCCACUGCAGAGCCGUGCUGUUGUAAUCCCUGCAGAAUGUGGUUUGUCAAAUAUAAAGAAGUCUUUGUUUGGAUGGCUGCAGAUGCUGCUCCUAAACCUGCUGCUGUAUUAAAAAAAAAAACAAGUGUAGAGAAUUGAAGAAACAUCAUCUCUUUCUCUCUCUGUUCUUCACAGGGUAAAGUGAUCUGCAAACCUGGACUUAAGCAUAAAACUGUGAAGCAACAACAAGAAUGAAGCUGCAGAGGACAACUCAGCUGAUGAAAUCCUCCUGGCUUUUUAGGUUACAUUUGUGUUUAGUUUAGUUUUUCAGUCUAAUUCUCUGAAGCCUUGAUCUUUGUGUUGAAUGCUUUUUGAAAUAAACAAAUCUGGUCUUUAUUUUUUAUAGUGGCACUGUAUGGAUGGGUAUUUCAGUGUGACCAAAAGUUAAUGUACUCCAUUGAAGUGUUUUGGCUCUGUGACUGAAAUUUUAGUUAGAUUUUGUCUUUUUAACUGACUGUAAUUCCAAACAAUUGAGUUAUGGAUCUUUGGUUCUUUCUUUUUCUUGACAUGAAGUGUGCUAAAUAAACAAACAUGUAAGAAUGCAUAUUGUCUAUACCUCAGUUUUUUUUGUCUGACUUACACAACAGCUGCAAUGCAAAAAUGUCUUCCUCAAAUAAAAACAAGUUUUAAACUAAUCAAAUCAUUUGAAAA